GCCGAGCAGGGCAGCCCGGGAGCUGUUUUGUUAAACCCCAACCCAGGUGCUGGGGUUUGUGCACAGAGAGCUGUCCCGGGUGGUGCAAGGCUCGCCCGGCUGAUGCGUGCGGAGCCUGUGCCAGGGAUCGCUGCUGCCGCUGGCGGCUCUCCGGGGACCAUGGAAUUUGAACUCUGGAAACCAACCACAAAGUGAAAAAACAGCGGCUGGGCAGGCAGGGCUGAGAUGGGCGAUGAGAGGAGAAAUCAAAAUGCCAGCAAACUGCAGGGAGCUGGAGGCCAGGCAUGUGCAGCGUCCCCAUCAAGCCCGCUGAUGAGCGACUUUGUUUCUGACUGGUCUCCUUUACAUGAGGCCUCUAUCCAUGGGCGUCUGCUUUCUCUGAAGAAGCUCAUUGAACAGGGGAAUGAUGUCAAUCUUGUAACAGCAGACCAGGUGUCUCCUCUCCAUGAAGCCUGCCUAGGGGGUCAUGCUGCCUGUGCCAGUGUCCUGUUAAAACAUGGUGCUCAGGUGAAUGGAGUGACUGUUGACUGGCACACACCACUGUUCAACACUUGUGUCAGUGGCAGUGUGGCUUGCUUGAAUUUACUGCUGGAGCAUGGAGCCAGCCUACAGCCACCCUGUGACCUGGCAUCCCCCAUCCACGAAGCUGCUAAGAGAGGUCAUGUGCAAUGUGUCGAACUCCUUGCAUCCCGUGGGAUAAAUAUAGAUCACAACAUCAAGCACCUGGGUACUCCUCUUUAUGUAGCAUGUGAGAACCAGCAACUGAACUGUGCCAAGAAGCUGCUUGAGUCAGGAGCAAAUGUGAACAGUGGCAAGGGCCUGGAUUCCCCUCUGCACAUGGCUGCCAGGAAUUGCAGUGUGGAGCUGGUGAAGCUGCUGAUGGACUUUGGAGCAGAUGUUUGGGUGAAGAAUGCUGAAAACAAGAGGCCAGUGGAGCUGGUCCCACCUGGCUGCCCUGUGGGCCAACUGUUCCUGCAGAGAGAAGAAAUGAAUCCUGCUGCUCUCACAGACCAAAGUGCAUUUGUGACCACUCUGCUCCCUUGGGUGCUGCCCUGGGGAUAUCAGCUGCCUGAUAUAUGUGGGAGCAAGGAUGCUGAGACUCCAGCUCUUCUUCCCCUUGCCCUGUUUCCUUUUGAGUUCUAAACCAAAGUGAUCUGCAUCACCUGGGACAGCAGCAAACCCAGCUCCCUGAGUUGAAGGUGCCAUGUCACCCCACACACUUCUGUGCUUCUGGAGAUCCUUUCUCACUUUGCUGUAGAGGCUCCAUAGGAGUGGGCUGGGAGUGCAGAAACUGCUGACAUCAGUGACGCCAGCAAAGGGAGAGAGUCCUCAUCCCACAGGUGGGGAGACUGGCAGCCUUCAAAUCUAUGAAAGCUGAUUCUGGUGUUCACCAGUGUGCCAGUGUGAGCAGUGCCAGCCUGCUGUGUGCAAGUGGAAGGUUAGAGAGGAGAGAUCAAAGCUACCUGGCUGCUGAUUUGAUAUAAAUCACAAUUCAAAUCCUUGUCUGCACAACAUGACUGCUGGCUAUAGAUACCCAGUGUAAUGGUUUGUUUCCUUUGUGCUGACCAAACAGAGCACAGUUCUGUUAGGUUUGUGGGACCUACAUUGUACCCUAAAGGAACAAAAUGACAAACAUAGUUAGGUCUCUAACUCCUCUGAUGAUACUCUUGGGAAUGUGUCACUUAUCUGAUCCAACUCAUCACACAUAUUUGAGCCAUGUAAAAAUUAACUGGCUGACGUAUGAUGGCCUCCUGUAUGGUUUUCCUCAUGCCCAGGAAGAAACGUAGACAUCUGUCUUCACAGAGGUCGAAUACAAGCAGGUAUCUGGGAUGGGAAAGGUAUAUUCUUCUAAAAUCAGUGUCUUGGUUAAGCUGAAUCUGCAUUGAGCAGACAAGGAAUGGACAUUUAACCUAGUGCUUAACUUUUGGACAUUAAAGUGUGAAGAAUCUCCUCUUUGGUGACACAGUGGAAAGCUGGAGAUCUGUCUCAUUAAUUUCUAGAUGAUGAAGAAACAUUUUUGUACGUACUAGUUUUACUUUUGCCUUAGGCAUCUUAUUUUUAACUUCGGCCAAUGGGUUUAUAGGAGCAAUGAUAAUACCAGGAGGAAAUUGCUCUGAGAACCAGGUGAGGGUGUUGCUUCAAGUCUGCUUUUCUCAUGAAAAUUUCAUGGUAUGACUGUUUACUUGAAUUUCUCUGCCCAAGUGUAAUUAGGAUGAAUUCUGUAUGCUCAGCUUGUAUCAUCUCAGUGUGUUUACUUAUUUAUUUUCAUAAAAAUUGUGGUCAACACUGGUGAAUUACAGCUUUAUGCAUCAACACUUAUCCAGUUACAAACCAUAAAAGUACAAGAUGCAAACUGAAUAAUUUCAUUACAGGUGAGGUUUGGGUUUUUUUCUAUAUUUAAAACCAUUCAAAAUAUAAUGCAGGACUUAAAUGAUUGUCAGGAAUAUAUUUUAUCAGAUUUGUUCCUAUUUUUAUAUUAACAGUUUAAUGGUAGUUAAGCCACAAUUUUGUAGAAUAUUUUUUCAGAAAUAAAUAGUUCAUACUCUUUUGCUUG